AUGAGCAGUAAACGACGAUUAAAACGAUAUAUACCGAAUUUGAGUGAACUUGAAUAUGAUUUACAAUGUGAAUGGGGUGCAGAAUGCCGUGUUCGUUUGAAUGAUCUCAAAGAAUUUUAUAAACAUUUGGAUGAACAUCUUUCGACUUAUAUUAAUCAAUAUCAACAAACACCACAUUUAGCCUGUCAAUGGCGUAAUUGUGGUCAUGUAGAAGAAUUUGAUAUUUCAUCAUUUAUUCGUCAUGUACAAUUUCAUGGUUUUCAUACAAAAUUAAAAUAUCUUGGAAUGAAAACAUAUGAACAUAAUCAUCCAAAUAUUCCUCUAUGUCAAAAAUCUAGUGAAAAUCGAAAUAUUAUUCCAGAUUUACCCGUCGAAUUUCGUUGUUCAUGGGGAGAUUGUCAAUAUACCAAUAGUCAUGCUCAAUUAUUCUAUGAACAUGUUAAUCAACAUGCUGGUUCAGAUAUAUGCCGUUGGACAGGUUGUACUCACCGUCCGGAUAAAGCAUAUCGAAUUCGUGAACAUAUUCGACGACAUACUCAAGAAAAAACGAUAGCAUGUCCACGUUGUGGAUCCUUAUUUUCUUGUGGAGUUAAAUUUAUUGAACAUUGUCAAUUAUCUACCGAAGUCUCACCAAAUUUUCAAUGUGAAAAAUGUGCACAACAAUUUCAAUCUAAAUCUCUUCUUCAAAAACAUUUGAAUAAACAUGGUAGUAGAAAAAUUUUAUUUCUAAAAUCAAAAAAUUCUCACGAAAAUAAUAUUCUUUUAGAAACAAAACAUGCAUGUCCAUAUUGUACACAAAUAUUUUCUACUCCAUCUGGUGUUAAACGACAUAUUAUUUAUCGACAUACAGAUAUAAAAUAUUUUCAAUGUCCCGAUUGCUCACUUUCUUUCAAAUGUGCAAAUAGUUUAACAGUACAUCGUCGUCGUUUGCAUUUACUUCCAUUACUCGAUAAAAUCAAUGAUGAUGAUGAUGAUGAUGAUGUGAAAGAACAAACUACUGAUGUGAAUGAUAAACAAGAACGUCAAUGUAAAUAUGCAUGUCAUUUAUGUGAACGACGUUUUCCACGUGGAAAAAAACUAACAACACAUUUACUUAAAGCACAUCAGCUGGGAAAAGCUAUGGGAUGUACUCGAGUAAGUUACACCCUGCGAACUGAUGGUUUAUUUCGUGUACGAAGUGAACUUGUUUCCACAUCAUUAUCAUCUGACUUUUCUCUACAACAACAACAGCAGCAACAACAGCAACAAACAAGUUUACCAUCAACAUCUCAACAUCUACCUCAAACGACAUGUGCAUCAUUUCUUAUUAAUCGUUUACUAAAUGAUCGUGAAGAUGGAAAUCAACAAGCACCAUUUAGUCCUGAAUUUGAACUUGAUAAUUGGAAUGAAAAUGAAACAGACAAUACUGAUCGUAAUAAUGAUGAUGAUGAUGACGAUGAUGAUAUUGAUGAUGAUAAUGAUAGUGAUGAUAUUACAGAUUAUAUUGAUUUAUGUUCAAAAAGAGCAAUACAAUCUUCAGAUAUUUUAUAA